AUGAUAGUUGCCACAGCCCAUGGGUACCUAAGUGCUCAUGGAUACGUAAACAACAAAACUAUAUAUAGCACACAUAAUUCUGAAGCCAGUUCGAGUAGUAAAAGACAGGAACCUUUAAAUGACAGCUCAGAAGGUGAUAACGGUUUAGUGACAGUUCACAAGAAACCUCGUCUUGGUAGCAGCAGCAACGAUAUGUUACCGCAUUUACCUUCAACGCCCGAAAAGAAAAUACAAGUGAAGGAGCCGAGCACACCAGAAGAUGUGAGAAAGCUGUACGCUCUAGUUGACAAUCUGCGCGUACGCACUUCGAUGAUCGUUGCUUGCAGAGUGCCGACUAUUUACUACGGUGCGAGGACCCAUAAGCAGAUAGAGCAAGUGGUGAAGGAAUUCGCGAGAACUGUGUACAGUGGUGAGGCGGCGAUGACCGUUCUAUCUAGUAGAGAAUACAGCUGUAUACGGGAGUUUGAUAGGCACCAAUGGUCGUCGAAGAAUGACAUGUGUCGGGGAUGUGUAAAGACAUUUGAGAGUAAUAAAAAGGACUCUAGCAAUUGCCUCUACCACAACAAUAGGAAACUUCUAAAUCAUAGGACUCUUCCAGCUGUUUUUGAUUUAGAAGACCUAGUUAAUGCUGGAAAGGAGAAACAGGCCUGUCCCUACUAUGCUGCGAGGGAAAUGGCUACAGCGGCGAAUAUAAUCUUCUGUCCAUACAAUUAUCUAAUAGAACCUAGUAUUAGAAGCAGUAUGCAAAUAGACGUAAGUGACAACAUAGUGAUUAUCGACGAGGGUCAUAACAUAGAAGACGUGUGUCGUGAUGCGGCUACGAUUACCAUAACUCGUACUAAUAUCACAGCUGCCAUUACUGAACUACAAAAAGUAUCACAAUACAGAUACGAAAAUCAGGACUCAAUGGGAUAUAUUGAACAUCUGUUGAAGGUGCUCAGUAAUUGGGACCAAUGGUUUGUGAAUCAGAUGCCAUUAAUCAACAAUCGCCCAGUUAACAACGACAAAGCUGAAUACACGUGGGUGGUGGAACACUUUCUAAAUACGUUGGAAAAUCAUACUAUUGGCCUCGGACACUAUUCUGAAUUUCGUGAUCACGCCGAAAUGUUUUGUCGGCGGCUCCGUGAGGACCCUCGUACGUUGAUGGGCGUGUCGCAAUCUACGGGCACGCUCGUGGAGAACAUCAAUACAUUGCUGGGGUAUUUAUUUCGUGACGGUGGUCGUCACAUCGAUGACUUCGUGCCCACACUUGAGCGAACCGAGAUACCAGAUAUAUCACGGAGAAAUUUCAGAAAUAAUCAUCACCAACAGCAGCAGCAAAAGCAGUUUGAAGAACAGGCAGACUCAAGCCUCAAAAUUGGCAAUGCUCGUGGGGUAAGCAUAUACUCUGUUUAUUCCCGAGAUCCUUUUAUUAUUUUCCUAUCACAUCCAAAGCAUCUUAAGGUGUGUCUAGUGUGA